UUAUUUUUCAACAGGAGAUGUGGGACAUUUGGAUUUGGGAUACGAAUUCAUUUGAAAAACCACUUUGGGGUUAUGAAUGCGAUUUCUGAUGAAACUGGAUUGGAAAAAUUUUCAUGAUCUUUGUAUAUUUAUAUAUAUAUAUUUUAAAAUUUUGCAUUUGACUUAAAGUGCCAUGAGAAAAUUUGCAUAUUGCAAGGUGGUCCUAGCCACCUCCUUGAUUUGGGUACUCUUGGAUAUGUUCCUGCUGCUUUACUUCAGUGAAUGCAACAAAUGUGAUGAAAAAAAGGAGAGAGGACUUCCUGCUGGGGAUGUUCUAGAGCCAGUACAAAAGCCUCAUGAAGGUCCUGGAGAAAUGGGGAAACCAGUCGUCAUUCCUAAAGAGGAUCAAGAAAAGAUGAAAGAGAUGUUUAAAAUCAAUCAGUUCAAUUUAAUGGCGAGUGAGAUGAUUGCACUCAACAGAUCUUUACCAGAUGUUAGAUUAGAAGGUUUGGUUUCUACCUGCUUCAUGAAAUACUUUUUGAAAAGACCUUUAGAGAGUUAUGUGAAAAAAUUAAAAGUGCCAGUUCAUGUAAUUCGAAUGGAACAACGUUCUGGAUUGAUCAGAGCUAGAUUAAAAGGAGCUGCUGUGUCUAAAGGCCAGGUGAUCACCUUCUUAGAUGCUCAUUGUGAGUGUACAGUGGGAUGGCUGGAGCCACUCUUGGCCAGGAUCAAACAUGACAGGAAAACAGUGGUAUGUCCUAUCAUUGAUGUGAUCAGCGAUGAUACUUUUGAGUACAUGGCAGGUUCUGAUAUGACCUACGGUGGAUUCAACUGGAAGCUCAAUUUUCGCUGGUAUCCUGUUCCCCAAAGAGAAAUGGACAGAAGGAAAGGUGAUCGGACUCUCCCUGUUAGAACACCUACAAUGGCAGGAGGCCUUUUUUCAAUAGACAGAGAUUACUUUCAGGAAAUUGGAACAUAUGAUGCUGGAAUGGACAUUUGGGGAGGAGAAAACCUAGAAAUUUCCUUUAGGAUUUGGCAGUGUGGAGGAACUUUGGAGAUUGUUACUUGCUCACAUGUUGGACAUGUGUUUCGGAAAGCUACACCGUACACAUUUCCAGGAGGCACAGGGCAAAUUAUCAAUAAAAAUAAUAGACGACUUGCAGAAGUGUGGAUGGAUGAAUUCAAGAAUUUCUUCUAUAUAAUUUCUCCAGGUGUUACGAAGGUAGAUUAUGGCGAUAUAGCAUCAAGACUUGGUCUAAGACACAAACUCCAAUGCAAACCUUUCUCUUGGUAUCUAGAGAAUAUUUAUCCUGAUUCUCAGAUUCCACGUCAUUAUUUCUCUUUGGGAGAGAUACGAAAUGUGGAAACAAAUCAGUGUCUAGAUAACAUGGCUAGAAAAGAGAAUGAAAAAGUUGGAAUUUUUAACUGUCACGGUAUGGGAGGUAAUCAGGUUUUCUCUUAUACUGCCAACAAAGAAAUUAGAACAGAUGACCUUUGCUUGGAUGUCUCCAAACUUAAUGGCCCAGUCACAAUGCUCAAAUGCCACCACCUAAAAGGCAACCAACUUUGGGAGUAUGAUCCCAUGAAAUUAACCCUGCAGCAUGUGAACAGUAAUCAGUGCCUGGAUAAAGCCACAGAAGAGGAUAGCCAGGUGCCCAGCAUUAGAGACUGCAAUGGAAGCCGGUCCCAGCAGUGGCUUCUUCGAAAUGUCACCCUUCCAGAAAUAUUUUGAGACCAAAUUUACACAAAAAGAAAACAUAAGGAUUGACUGGGCUACCUCAGCAUACAUUUCUGCCACAUUCUUAAGUAGCAAAAAAGGAAAAGUGCUUCCCUCCUGCAGGAUGUGAGGUUUCUCAGCCAUUAACACUUAGACUCCUCUGGCUUCUCACUAGCUGUGAACCAGCCUUCCUGUCCAAGGACGUGCAACUACAAUGUAGCGAGACUGCACACUGAUGUUUACAAGAUUGAAAGAGACUUACUUUCGUCAGGAAUCAAUGUAAAGAAUAUUCCGACAAUGAAACAACAAAAUGUGCUUUCCGGAAAGCUGCACCUCUUAGGGUUGCUUGCACCUCAGUAAUUUCUGCUGAACGUGCUGUCGUAACAAAGAGAUUUCCAAGAUUUCUUUUCUGAUUAGAACUGGUAGCCAGUAUAUUAAAUGUUGACAUAAAGAUAUAUGAAAAGAACUGGAACCAGAUUCAGAAUCAUGAAAACAUUUUUACAGCAAUUAAAAAAGAAACUAUAUUAAACAGGGUUUAAAGGAAAUUAAAACAGAACUAUGAGAAGUACAAUUUGUUAUAGUAUAGUAUCAAAUUUCUAUAUAGAUUUUAUACCUCAGUGGGGAAAAAGAACUGAUUCCAGUGACAUUCAUUUUGUUUUCAUCUGUGAUAGUCAUGGAUGCUUUUUUUAAUUUCUCCUUGGGGUGCUGAAAUUGAGCUGGAAAAAAAAUGGCUCUUUGAACGUAGUUUUAAUUGCUUUCUACAAUUUUUAAAAUUUGGUUUGUGGGCUAUUGGAAUUGUAAUUUUUAAUUGCCUUCCAAAAAUAGAGAUUUAAAAUAAUGUCUGGUCUCACUGUACAAGUUAGAUAUCUCAGUUGCUCUUGGGUCAACUGGCUUAUAGACUUUCACACACACAAAUUUCUUAUUAGAUUUUCAACUUCUUAACUUGAUUGAGCUGAUUAUGCUUAAUACCCAAGAUUCAUACUACUGUACUACAGAUUUGUUUUCACAGCAAUAAAUCUUCAGUUUUUUGUUUAUGAUUCCACUCAACAAAAAGCCUGCAGAAGUGAUUUAUUAUUUGGGUAUUUGGAGAUAAUACUUUUGAUGGUUUUUUUUGAAAACUGUUUUCACUCCAUACUCAGAUGUGCUUCAUUGUCAAGUGCAUAUUUAGAUUAGGUUCUUGAAUUGUAAUGUUGAUCUGCUGCUUUUUUAAAAAAAUAAAAUUUCACUGAAAAUGUUUAA